CUCUGCCAUGUGCAUGCGGGAGCGAAGUAGCGAAGCUGCUUUUUCUAACACGUUCGUGAGAAAAGCAGAGCCGCGUGUCGCCGCUCGGGACGAGGGCUGUGCCCGGACUGUUGUCGAGAGGAAAACAACCAGCAGGUAGAAACCGUGACGUAUCCAUAACAGCUCGUGUUCGCCAUGGCUCUGUACGUGAAAGCUGCCGAGAUCCUGGAGAAAUCCGAGAUGAAGCAGGCCGCCUUGAAAACAAUGGUUUACGAGAGCAAGUUUUCAAACAUCAAGCAGCUCUUCGCUCUGGUGUGUGAGACCGAGAAGUUCUCUUCCGUCCUGGAGGAGAUCAUCGAGUCCACCAAGCUGCUCAAGCAGGCCAAGCUGAAGAUGCCCCUGGCCAAAGUGCUGGUCUACGACCUCCUGAUCGGCCGGGGGCUGAAGUGCGGCGGGUCCUGGAAGACUGUGAUGCUGAAGCAUCGCUCCAGGCUGCAGGCGGCGCUGGCCCGCCUUAAGGUGAAGCAGAAGGUCAGCAAGAACGAGGACCUGCUCCCGGCCAGCGUCCAGAAGCUCUUCGGGAUCCAGCUGCCCAGGUAUGCGCGCGUGAACACCCUGAAGACCACCGUGGAGGACGCUGUGGACUAUCUGAAGAGGGACGGCUUCUCCUACCUGGGCCACGCCUCUAGCCUGGGCGACUUGACCCUGAGGAAGAAAGACUUUGUGAUCGACAUGCAUCUGCCAGAGCUGCUGGUCUUCUCUCCUAAAACUGACUUUCACGACCAUUUCCUGUACAAGGCCGGACACUUCAUUCUGCAGGACAAAGCCAGCUGCCUCCCGGCGUACCUCCUCAACCCCCCAGUCGGCAGCCAUCUCAUCGACGCCUGUGCUGCCCCGGGCAACAAGACCAGCCACCUGGCUGCCAUCAUGAAGAAUAAGGGCAGACUGUUUGCCUUUGAUUUAGAUGCCAAGCGUCUGGCCACCAUGUCCACUCUCCUGCUCCGAGCCGGGGUCACCUGCCAGCGGCUGGCCAACCGGGACUUCCUGACGGUGGACCCCGACAGCCAGGAGUUCAAAGAUGUUGAGUAUGUCCUGCUGGAUCCGUCCUGCAGUGGAUCAGGUAUGGUGUGUCUCCGGGACGACGCGUCCUCUGUGAACCAGGACACGGUUCAGGCGCGUCUGGCCUCCUUGGCCUCCUUCCAGCUGCGCUGCCUGAACCACGGCCUCAAGUUCCCUCGCCUGAAGCGCCUGGUCUACUCCACCUGCUCCGUCCACCGCCAGGAGAACGAGGACGUCAUCGCGGCCUGUCUGCAGCAGAACCCGGGCUUCAGGCUCGUCCCUCUGCUGUCUGAGUGGCCAGAACGAGGCCUGCAGCCACUCCCGCAGUGUCUUCGCGCCAGCACUGCCAAGACUCGCACGCAAGGCUUCUUCGUGGCUUUGCUGGAGAAGCACAGUGGGGCUGGGAGUCUGAGGCCGGAGCCAGCGGUUCAGAGAAGCAAGCCCGAGGCGACGCCUCUCGGCCCGUCCAGCUGCAAGAAGAGACCUGCCGCUUCAGAAGAGUCUGGAGCUUCGGAGACAGAGGAGAUGAAAGAGGUGGAGGAGAUUGAGGAAACAGAGGAGAAGGAGAUGGAGGAGACAGAGGAGAAGGAGGAGACAGAGAAGACCCCAAUAACUGCAGCGGGACAGGCCGACGGUACACCUGGGAAGAAGAAGAGAAAGAGGGGAAAGAAGAAGAAGAAAGCAGCAGCAGUGGAGUGAUGCGAAGUAGAAUGGGACUGCCACAGCAUGCUGUCUGGAAGCAAUGCUUUAUUAAUAUCUAUGUGUGAUGAAGAGUAAAGAUUACUUUUUACUGCG